CGGGAAUGACAAUGAGGGAGAGAUAAAAGCAGCAAGUUCUGAGUUGACUGGAUACAAACAGAGUUGGAGCUGUUUCUGUCUGUAGUCUGUCUGGGGUAUCUUGACCUAUCAAUCAAAAGAGACUAUGUUUGAGACCAGCCACAACGACCUGAUGCUCUUCGCAUCCCCAGAAGAUGACAUGGCUGUGCACAACCUGCUCUGCGACGGAGAGGCGCCAACGAGCCAGGGCUUGUCACUUGCCGAGGCAUUGCUCCCUCUAGUGCAGACCUCUGCACCUCAACCCACGCCGCUCCUGUAUUCAACACGCUUCAAGACGGAACUAUGCAGCCGCUAUGCCGAGACGGGCGCAUGCAAAUACGCAGAGCGGUGCCAGUUCGCCCAUGGCCUACAUGACCUGCAUGUCCCCUCCCGCCACCCCAAAUACAAGACGGAGCUUUGCCGCACUUUCCACACGGCUGGCUACUGCGUGUAUGGUACUCGAUGCCUCUUCGUUCACAGUCUGCAGGAGCAGAGGCCACCUUCUCGCCAGCAACGCAGGCCCGGCCAUGUCCGCACGGUUCCUUGCCGCAACUACCGAGCCUUUGGCGUCUGUCCCUUCGGCACCCAUUGCCACUUCCUGCACGUAGACGCCAGCUCCUCGGAGGCCUCAACAGACAGCGAGGAGGAGAAGAUCUGGUCCCCGUCGACUGCCUCAUCUGCCGUCGCAGCCCCCCACGCACCUGCCCGCUCAGAAUGGAAGCCUAAAGGCACUCUCUGUCGCACCUUCAGCGCAUUCGGCUUCUGUCUGUACGGCACCCGCUGCCGUUUCCAGCACGGCUUACCAAAAGCAUUGCAAGGCUCAAGCUCGGACUCCUUCUCUGCACCUCCACCCCCCAGUCAACCCACCUGGCCCUCCUUCCCCACGUCGUUGACCCAGCUCCCGACGAGAGCGGUGUCCCCAGCCUCGGAUAUGCGCUCUUCGUCCCCCACGUCGUGGUCUUCCUCGUCGCCACCAUCUGCCUUGGCAUCUCCAAUCUACCCAGACGACGGCUUCCCCAUCACCCCACCGCUCUCAUGCGAGCCUCUUGUCCACAACGCCUUCACUUUCUCCAGUCAGCACUUGAACGACCUACUGCUGCCCCUGGCCUUUCGUCUCCAGCAGUUGGAGAACAGCCAGGCCAUGGAGACCCUGGAUAAGCCGCUAGGCCUAGUCUAGUAUAAUGAGUUUGGAAUGCCUUGUUUUUAAAUGUUUCUCGACAGUGGUCUUAUGGUGUGUGUUUGAGACUCGGAACUCUCAAAUUGUUUUAUAGGUCCAAGUUUUUAAUUCCUUCACCAGUUUUCUUAAACUGUACCGGAGAGCUUUUACUAAUCAUGUACACUGAAAGUGUCCUUUUAACUCUGUACAUUUCCUCACGUAUUGUCUUGUUUAUGGAUUUUAUUUAAAGUGGCAUAACUUAU